AUGUCCAAAAGUGGCGUUGACCUGUCCCGAAUCGUUACUCUCGAUAGCGUACGUUCCCUAGCGUCUCCAGUAAACUCGUCAAAGGCUGUCUGGAAGGACUUGGGCGUCUAUUUGGACAAGAAACUCGACUGGCACUUGGAAUCGUCCCCAAACAAUUCUUCGAGUGCAGCCUCUACAAAGCUCUUAUACACGGCUCUUUCGGACUCCUCCUACUUAUCCCAGGUCUCAAAGUACCAGAUCUGUAACAGCUGUGGCAGGCCCAUAGGCGAGGAUUCUUUGGCAACACACUACGAGCGGUGUUUGGAAAUGAAGCAAAAGAGAGCAGAGGCGGAAAAUGGCUCCGCCACGCCCUCAGUGACUACAAACAAGAGAAAGAGAGGCAGAGCCGCCCUAUCAGAGACCCAGGGCUCCUCUGUUGACUCCUCUCGCAUGACACUGCCUAACCCUAGUACUCCUAGUAACUCACAGAGUCUGAAAGAUCAACCCAGACCUAAAAAGAAGUAUAAGAAGAGUCAGAUGCAGAAGGAGAAGGAGGCAGCUAACGCUGCGGCAGCGGCGGCCGCUGCUGCUGAAGCAGCUGCUCAAAGAGCCAAUAGUCAGCAUAAAAAGAAGAAGACGCAAAAGCCAAAGGCUCCGUCGAAGGCAAAAGGGCAUGUGGAUGUGGAAAAACAGUGUGGUGUUCCAUUGCCCAUGGGAGGUUUCUGUGCUCGUUCUUUAACCUGUAAAACACACUCUAUGGGUGCAAAGAGAGCUGUUCCUGGCCGUAGUGCUCCUUAUGAUGUUUUGCUUCAGCAGUACCAAAAGCGUAACCAGGCGAGGUUGGCUCAGAAUAAUGCCUUGGCUGCGCAAAGAAGAGAAAACGCUCAGCUUUCCGGUAUGGCUGGCGUGGAAGGCGCCGAUGGUGGCGCUGGCGCUCUCCCUGUGGUGCUCGACCCUGAUGAGGAGACCCACCUCGUGUUGGAAGGUGUCUCCAAAAGUGCACCCAUUCCUUUGGAGCGGAAGGUCAUGAUUGCCGCAAGAAGCAGGCACCGUUUCCUCAGCAUGCGUGAAGCGUAUGCUAAUGCGUUGAUCACCAACGGCGCUUCAACUACAGACUCUCUGGGCUCUUCCGGAGACCUCACGCUUGCAAAUCAGGCCAUCUCAGGCUCCAUCGGCGGUCUUCAAAGCAGAUGCGCAUUGGUGAAUGUGGAUGCUACGCCGAAUACUGAGCAGUCUACACAAGUCAGUGCUGCUAUCAAUGGUGAGUUUUACAACGUGAGAACUGCUCUGAAGGCCAUCGCUACCACUGCACAAUACAACUAUCAGCAACAGAAGCAGUUCCAGCAGAGAGUGUAUGAGCUUCAGCAACAACAGCUCAAGCAGAGGCAAAUGAUGCAACAACAGGCUCAGCAAAAACAACAACAGCAGCAGCAACAACAGCAGCAGCAACAACAAGCAGCAGCCAGACAAGAACAGCGCCCUGUAGCAGCACAAUCGCUGUAA